CACCCUGAAGGACUACAGCCCCCGGUAUGCCCCGCGCGGCUAUCGGAGCCACGUGACCGCGCUUCUACGGCUACCUCGGUCACGUGACUCGGGGAAGAUGGCCGCGCUGACGGCGGAGAACUUUGCAGCUCUCCAGAGCCUGCUGAAGGCCUCCUCGAAAGAUGUUGUCAGACAGCUGUGCCAAGAGAGCUUUUCCAGUUCAGCCCUUGGCUCCAAGAAUCUCUUGGAUGUUACGUGUUCCAGCUUGUCCGUGACCCAGGAGGAGGCAGAACAACUGCUCCAAGCCCUGCACCGUCUCACCAGGCUAGCCGUGUUCCGCGACCUCUCCUCCGCCGAGGCGAUUCUGGCACUGUUUCCUGAAAAUUUCCACCAGAACCUCAAAAACCUGCUGACAAAAAUCAUCCUGGAACACGUAUCUACCUGGAGAGCUGAAGCCCAAGCGAAUCAGAUCUCUCUGCCGCGCCUGGUGGACCUGGACUGGAGGGUGGACAUCAAAACCUCCUCAGACAGCAUCAGCCGCAUGGCCGUCCCCACCUGUCUGCUCCAGAUGAAGAUCCGGGAAGAUCCCAGUCUGUGUGGGGACAGGCCCUCCGUGUCGGCCGUCACCGUGGAGCUGAGUAAGGAGACGCUGGACACGAUGCUAGACGGGCUGGGCCGCAUCCGGGACCAGCUGUCCGCCGUGGCCAGCAAGUGAGGCGGCCGGAGGGCCCCAGCGCCCUGCCCGCCGCCCCCAGCACAUGGCGCCCCCCCAGCGCCCACCGCAGGGGUCGGGGCCGGCACGAAAGGGGGCUGGCAUCCAGAAGGCGCGGCUGGGUCGGGAGGAGACAGCCAGGCCCCCACGCUCUUCUCCUCACUCGUCUUCCUUUUCCUCUUUCUGAAGUUGGUGGGCAGAAGCCACUGUCCCCACAAGGCUCCUGGGGGGCUUCACAGCCGCUGUGGGGACAGGGAGGGAGCGUUUGCCGGGCCAGCGGCCUCUGCCUGAGAGCGGGCGAUUCAGGCCCAGGUUGUGGUGCUCGUCUUAGCAAGGCCCUGUCCGGCUGCACUCUGCUGAGCUCGCUUCUGCUCCGGAGCACGUGCAGGGAGCCAGGUGAUGGUCCCUGCAGGGUCCCUGUCCUCCUGAGUCCAGAGCCUCCCCCAGCCCUUCAUCCCUGCUGGACUGCCUUUCAGCAUAGAAAGUGGGAAUUCAUUCCCUUCUUCAUGGAGCCAGUGCCCCUUCCUUGAUGUAAUGGGACCACUCAGGGUGAAGAAGUGGGAGUGAUUGGAAAUAAACACCAGUUCUAAAAA